AUGCAAGAUUUGGACAAAUUGACUCCUAUUCCUGGGAUCCCUUUCCCCGAAUACUACGAGUUCUUCAUGGAUUGGAAGACCCCAAUUGCGUUGGCUGCUACUUACGCCAUCGUCAUUCAUACCCUCAACCCAAAAACCUCCAAGGCUUCCCGUGUUGAAGCCAAAAACAAGGGCAUCAAGGAUGUUUCCAAGAACUCAGGUCCCUUGAUGACUGGCUUCGUUUUCAUUCAUAACCUUCUUUUGGCCAUCUAUUCCGGCGUCACAUUCGUCAAUAUGGCCCUUGCUCUUCACAAGACUGUUCACCGUGAUUUGCCAUUCAAGGAUAUUUUCUGCGAUAAGGACAGCUUUUUGUGGGAUAAUGCGCUCGGUUAUUGGGGUUAUCUUUUCUAUCUCUCCAAAUACUAUGAAGUGAUCGACACAGCUAUCAUUCUGCUCAAGGGUCGUCGCUCUUCUCUUUUGCAAACCUAUCAUCACGCUGGUGCUAUGAUCACUAUGUGGUCAGGUAUUCGCUACCAAGCAGCUCCCAUUUGGUUGUUCGCCACCUUCAACUCCUUCAUUCACACUGUCAUGUACACCUACUAUGCCUUCACUUCUAUUGGCUUCCAUCCCCCUGGCAAGCGUUAUCUUACUAGCAUGCAGAUCUCUCAAUUCUUGAUUGGCACAACUUUGGCCGUUUCCUACUUGGUUCUUCCCAACUGUCUUGUUACACCUGGAAAGCGCUUGGCUGUCAUGAUCAAUGUUGGUUACCUUUUGCCAUUGACAUACCUUUUCGUCGACUUCGCUAAGAGGACCUAUGGUGCUAGAAAGGCCAAGAAGGUUGAGUAA